AUGGAAUGUGCACUGGUGGGCAACAACCACAGGUACAAAAAUGUGACGGAACUUCAUGUCAAUCCUCUGUUUGUCAAGGAAAGAUCUGCACCAUCACGAUACGAACAUAAACCACAACCUGUACCACAGCCACAGCCACAGCCACAGCCAUUGCCACAGCCACAACCGCAGCCUCAGCCUUACUGCCCAUCGUGUGAACCUUCUAUCAUAGUUCCACAGCCGAUUCCUCAGAUUCCUCCCCCAAAUGUCAUAGUAUCGCAAGUGCCGCCUCCCAUUGUGAUGCAGUGCUGCAUCUGUUGUAUGCCACUUUGUGCUACACAAUGUAUCAUGUUUGGUGGCUGCAUGUGCACGAUGGGAGGAUCAGUUGCCUUCUUCGGGAAGUGA